CAUGGCGGCGCCCUGUGUGUACACAUUCAGGGCGAGUCGUUUCCAGUCUAUAAAACUGUUCUAACGUCCUCUCUGACUCUGUGGACACUUUAUCCUGAGAGCUGAAGACACAGCUGGAGUCAGGAUGUGGACGAAGACAGCCGGAGCGUCCCUGAGGAUGAUGAGUCACCUUCAUCGCUGCUGUGUCCACACAGUGUGGAGGAGGACGGCUGACGGCAGACAGACUCAGCUGCGGCUCUGCAGGCUGCUCUCAUCAUCCGGACCCCCCUGGAGGGUCCUGUUCUUCGGCUCCGACCAGUUCGCUGUGGAGUCCCUCAGACUGCUCUCAUCCAGCAGGAGCUCCAGUGAGGGGGUGGUGGAGUCCCUGGAAGUUGUGACUUUGUCUGGUGACGUCCCAGUGAAGAGGUUCGCUCAGCAGAACCACAUCCCACUCCACAGCUGGCCCCCCGACACUGCUGAGGGACAGUUUGAUGUCGGGGUGGUGGUGUCCUUUGGCUGUUUACUGCACGAGCGUCUGAUUAACAAGUUCCCACACGGGAUUCUGAAUGUCCACCCCAGCCUGCUGCCUCGGUGGCGAGGUCCAGCACCCAUCUUCCACACCAUCCUGCACGGUGACACAGUGACAGGGGUCACCAUCAUCCAGAUCCGCCCUCACAGGUUUGACGUUGGCCCCAUCCUCCACCAGGAGCUCCAUCAGGUCCCUGAAAACUGCACAGCUGAUGUUCUCAGCGCCGUCCUGGCCACUAAAGGAGCACAUCUGCUGAUUGACACACUGAGGACGCUGCCCGACAGAGUGGCUCAUAGAAGAGAGCAAACACAGACUGGUGCAACAUUUGCCCCAAAGUUCAACAGCUCCCUGAGCUGGGUGGUGUGGGAGGAGCAGACCUGUGACCAAAUAGAUCGUCUGUAUCGUGCCAUCGGAUCACGGAUCCCUCUGAAGACCUUAUUUAUGGGCAGGACGAUAAAACUCAUGGAUUUUGUAGGACGAUGUCACAUUUCAUUAUUAGAUGAAAGGAGGAAACCGGUCCCUGGCUCAGUGAGCUAUCAGAGGGAGUCCAAUACUCUGGCUGUCUGUUGUAAGGACGGCUGGGUGGGAUUCAAGGCCGUGCUUCUGAAGAAAAGACUUACAGCAGCCGACUUCUAUAACGGCUACCUGCAUCAGACGGUGCAGAAGAACACACCUUAUCAGAGAGGUGAAGACCUGUUUGUCAGCAGGAAACAAGGAUCUGAACCUCAGCCGACGAGAAAGAACUCAACAUCCUGAUACAACAAUCAUCCUCCUCCUUUAUGUGAACGUUGCGUACAUGACAUCUACUAAUUACAUUUACAGUAGUUCAUGUGUUACUCUGUCUGUUUUAAGACAUCAGUAUGUACAGUACAUUUACUGUAUCCAUGUAUUUAUAAUUCUGCCACUGUACUGUUCAUUUAUUUGCAAUAAAUGAAUGUGUUAAUGAC